GUUUUCCUCUCCCGCCCUCUCUGAGCUCGGUUCAGCCCGACGGGGGGCGCCGCCGCUCCACUUUUUCCUCCCUGAAAGAGCGUUGUGUGAAAAGAGAAGCCGCUUUUUUGUGUGUGUGGUGAAACUAAAAGCUCCCACAAGCCGAAACUGACCAAUGAAUUAAAAAGCAACUUAUCCGUUAGGUAAAUCCUCCGUGUUCGGGUGUGAACUCCGCUCCGCAGGGACUCCUGUUGUUUUAGGGGGUAGUUUGGGAUGUUCGGAUCUUCACCGUGUCGCCAAGUUGCUUCGUAAGAAACGGCACCUUUCUUUUUUUUUUUUUUUUUUUUACUUCUCAGCUUGAGGAUGCCGCUCGAGUUGGACUUGUAACAACAAAACAAAGGCCGCUAGAGGACCGUGUGGAACGUUAGCGUUAGCGUUACAGCGGCACGAUGGAGUUCCCGCAGCACCAGAAGCCGCCGGGGGACGGAAAGAUUAUUUACCCGCUCGGAGUGAAGGAGAUCACGGACAAAAUCAGCAACGAUGAAGUGGUCAAACGGUUAAAGUUGGUGGUGAAAACGUACAUGGAUAUGGAUCAGGACUCUGAGGAGGAGAAGCAGCAAUAUCUGGCUCUUGCACUACACCUGGCCUCAGAAUUCUUCCUGCGCAACCCCAAUAAAGAUGUUCGGCUGCUCGUGGCCUGCUGCCUUGCAGAUAUCUUCAGGAUCUAUGCCCCUGAAGCUCCAUACACUUCUCACGAUAAACUCAAGGAAAUCUUUUUGUUCAUCACUCGUCAACUGAAAGGUUUGGAGGACACAAAGAGUCCCCAGUUCAACCGAUAUUUCUACCUUCUGGAGAAUCUGGCGUGGGUGAAGUCUUAUAAUAUAUGCUUUGAGCUGGAGGACUGUAACGAGAUCUUUAUUCAGCUCUUCAAAACGCUCUUCUCCGUCAUCAAUAACAGCCAUAACCAGAAGGUGCAGAUGCACAUGCUUGACCUGAUGAGCUCCAUCAUAAUGGAAGGUGAUGGAGUCACCCAAGAGCUGCUGGACACCAUCCUGAUUAACCUCAUCCCUGCACACAAGAACCUGAAUAAACAAGCAUAUGACUUGGCCAAGAUGUUGCUAAAGCGGACUGUGCAGACCAUUGAAACAUGUAUUGCCUCAUUCUUUAAUCAGGUGUUGGUGAUGGGUAAGUCCUCUGUGAGCGAUCUCUCUGAGCACGUAUUCGACCUCAUACAAGAGCUGUUUGCCAUCGACCCGCUGUUGCUCGUGUCCGUCAUGCCACAACUCGAGUUUAAGUUGAAGAGCAAUGAUGGAGAGGAGCGUUUAGCUGUGGUGAAGCUAUUGGCUAAACUCUUCGGUGCAAAAGACUCAGAACUGGCCACCCAAAACCGCCCACUCUGGCAAUGCUUUCUGGGAAGGUUUAACGACAUCCAUGUGCCUGUGAGACUGGAGUGUGUGAAGUUUGCCAGCCACUGCCUCAUGAACCAUCCAGACUUGGCUAAGGACCUUACAGAGUACUUGAAGGUACGAUCACAUGACCCUGAAGAGGCAAUCCGGCAUGACGUCAUCGUGACCAUCAUCAACGCUGGGAAGAAGGACCUGAACCUGGUUAACGACCAGCUGCUGGGAUUUGUCCGAGAGAGGAUGUUGGACAAGAGGUGGCGUGUCCGUAAAGAGGCGAUGAUGGGUUUGGCGCAGCUGUAUAAGAAGUACUGCCUGCACCACGAGGCUGGCAAAGAAUCGGCUCAGAAAAUCAGCUGGAUUAAAGACAAACUGCUGCAUAUAUACUACCAGAACAGCAUUGAUGACAAGUUACUGGUGGAAAAGAUCUUCGCACAGUUUAUGGUUCCUCACAGUUUGGAGACCGAGGAGAAGAUGAAGUGUUUAUAUUACCUCUAUGCCUGUCUGGACACCAACGCCGUCAAAGCCCUGAACGAGAUGUGGAAGUGUCAGAACAUGCUGAGAGGACUCGUGAGGGAACUUCUGGACCUACAUAAGCUGCCCACGUCCGAAGCCAACACGUCAGCCAUGUUUGGAAAGCUCAUGACCAUUGCUAAGAAUCUACCUGACCCGGGGAAAGCUCAGGACUUCAUGAAGAAAUUUAAUCAGGUUUUGGGUGAAGAUGAGAAGCUGCGCCUGCAGCUGGAGCAGCUCAUCAGCCCAACCUGCUCCUGCAAACAAGCCGAGCAAUGUGUGAGAGAGAUAACACGCAAGCUGACCUACCCCAAGCAACCUACAAACCCCUUCCUGGAGAUGGUCAAGUUUCUGCUGGAGAGAAUCGCACCAGUUCACAUCGACUCCGAAGCCAUCAGUUCCCUGGUAAAGCUUUUAAAUAAGUCCAUCGAGGGCACUGCUGACGAUGAAGAUGAGGGCGUUACUCCUGACACCGCCAUCCGUGCUGGACUGGAACUACUCAAGGUUUUGUCUUUCACCCACCCCACGUCAUUCCACUCCGCCGAGACGUACGAGUCUCUUCUGCAGUGUCUCAAAAUGGAGGACGAUAAGGUGGCCGAGGCGGCGAUUCAAAUCUUCCGAAACACAGGCCAGAAGAUUGAGAGCGAGCUGCCACAGAUCAGAUCGACUCUUAUUCCCAUCCUUCACCAGAAAGCCAAGAGAGGAACCCCACACCAAGCCAAACAGGCAGUGAACUGCAUCCAUGCAAUUUUCCACAACAAAGAGGUCCAGCUGGCUCAGAUAUUCGAGCCAUUGUCUCGCAGUCUGAACGCUGAUGUCCCAGAGCAGCUGAUCACUCCUCUGGUCUCUUUGGGUCAUAUCUCCAUGCUGGCUCCGGAUCAGUUUGCCUCACCCAUGAAGUCCAUUGUUGCCAACUUCAUUGUAAAAGAUCUGCUGAUGAACGACAGAUCCGUAGGCAGUAAGAACGGUAGACUGUGGACUACUGACGACGAAGUUUCCCCUGAAGUGUUGGCAAAGGUUCAAGCCAUUAAGCUGCUGGUACGAUGGUUGUUAGGGAUGAAGAAUAACCAGUCUAAAUCAGCGAACUCCACACUCAGACUGCUCUCCGCCAUGCUGGUCAGCGAGGGAGAUCUAACCGAGCAGAAAAAGAUCUGCAAGUCAGAUAUGUCUCGGCUAAGACUGGCAGCAGGCAGCGCCAUAUUAAAACUGGCCCAGGAGCCCUGCUACCAUGACAUCAUCACACCAGAACAGUUCCAGCUCUGUGGACUUGUCAUUAAUGACGAGUGUUACCAAGUCCGUCAAAUAUUUGCUCAGAAGCUACACAUGGCACUGGUGAAGUUGCUGUUGCCCCUGGAGUAUAUGGCCGUGUUUGCUCUGUGCGCUAAAGACCCAGUCAAAGAGAGACGUGCCCAUGCCAGACAGUGCCUGCUGAAAAACAUCAGCGUCCGCAGGGAAUACAUCAAACAAAAUCCCAUGGCGCAGGAGAAGCUUCUGUCCCUUUUGCCAGAGUAUGUGGUGCCGUACAUGAUCCACUUACUGGCACACGAUCCAGAUUUCACCAAACCGCAGGACUUCGAACAGCUCCGAGACAUCAAAGAGUGUUUGUGGUUCAUGUUGGAGGUGCUGAUGACGAAGAACGAGAAUAACAGUCAUUCGUUCCUAAGGAAGAUGGUGGAGAACAUCAAGCAGACAAAAGACGCUCAAGCACCCGACGAUCCGAAGGCUAACGAGAAACUGUACAUCGUUUGUGACGUGGCACUAUUCGUCAUCACAAAUAAAAGUACUUCAUGUCACUUGGACUCACCCAAAGACCCUGUGCUGCCCAUCAAGUUCUUCACUCCACCUGAUAAGGACGUCAUCAAUGAUAAGGACUAUCUCUCUGCUGAGGCCAGAAAUGUCCUGCUGACUGGAAAGAUUCAGCAACAGCCAAAGCAGACAGGAGUGUUGGGAGCAGUGAACAAGCCUUUAGUGGUCACAACAGUACGCAGACCUUAUACUAAAACCACCGUCUCCAACACAGGAAGCAACGCUAGCACCAACUCCCAGCCAGUUUCUCCAGCAACUCCUAGGAACAAGGACGUCGGUUCUCAUGCGUCAGAAGCAGGAGCGAGAGAGAACGAAGAGAAUCCACAGAUCGUCAAAUCAGACGGUGGAAAGAAGGAUGAAGCAACAACACCGGCUCAGGCGAGCGGGAGGAAGCGAAGUGCUCCAGCGACUGACGGAACCGAGAACAGCAUGGCCUCGAACCCUGUUGCGGCAUCGCAGCCUCCUCCGAACAAACCUCGCCGAGGCAGACCCCCGAAAAACCCAGCGGCGGCAGCCAAUAAAGAGAAAGACGUCACAACUACACCUGGGAGCGGAGCUGGGCGGGGCAGAAAGAGGGCGACACCCUCCCAGGAUCCCACGUCAACAGCCUCAGCCGAACCAACUAGCGGCAAGAUACCAAAACAACAGAAAGAAACCGAUUCCAAGCGGGCAGGACAACAGAGGCAGAUUGACCUGCAAAGGCUCCUUGUCCCAAAAGCAGCGAGGCUAGCUAAAGCAGAUGAAAGUGUGUUCAGCCACAAAGCCCAGCAUCAGCCAGCGUACGGAAGUGAAGGAGAAACGGAGAGAGAUCUGGAAUCGAGCCCAGACAGCUUUCCUUCUCUCACUCAGUUAGUAGAGGAUCAGGGAAAACCUUCCAGCUCCGAACACCCAAGAAUCAGACCAGGAGAAAGUGUCCACGGAGCAGGACGGCUGGCAGUAAAGCGACGGUCUACAAAACUCCAGCUGUAUAGUCUUGCUGUCCAACAGAUGCCCCGUUACACACUCAAAUGCUCUUUUGAUUCCGACGUGAACUCUACACACACAAUUCUACACACACAUACUUGAAAACAGCUGUGCGAGCGCACACACACACACACACACCACACACACACAAACGAACCCUUCUCCAACCCUCAACUUUAGACCAACGACGAUGGAUGAAGAUGUUUCAGUUCUGUCGAGCGUUACGAUACGUUGCCACGACACCGUGUUCUCUUACCAUGUUCCAUUUCUUCUCCAACGCUGUCUGGAGCCGUUUUUAAAGAUCACCAUUUGGAAGUAAAAAGACCGUUUUAAUCUAAUAUCCCAUUGCUUAUUAAAUGCCUGGAAAGAU